GGUAGCCAGUUGUGUGUAUGUUUUGAUUUUAUAAAACGAUGACCUUGAAACAAGACAAGAAUACAAGUAAACAAACUGUUGAUAGGUUGGUAAAUCUAGUUGUCAGAGGAAACAUUUCAAGUUGCCAAAAAAUGGCGCGCAAUGUUUAGAACACUGUUUUUAGUUUCGUCGUCGCUUGCAAAAUGGAACCGGAUUUCGAAGGCUUUUGCACUGACAGCGAAAUUGUGACGAAACAUGCAGAUCGUUGGCGUAAAGUAAGCUUCGGUGUACCUGUUUUCGAUCGGCUCACGGGAGGUGGCAUAUCCUGCAGAGGAAUUUUCGAAUUGGCUGGAGAUCCUGGUUCGGGCAAAACGCAGAUUGCUUUGAAGUUGGCUUUAACAGCUCAAACCGAGGUUCCGGAAUCGUCCGUGGUGUACAUAUGUACGGAGCAUAUGUUUCCCUCCAGUAGGCUUCUACAAAUGGAAGCAGCACAUAAGCGCCAGUAUCCAUACGAUGAUGCGGUACAGACUCACAACUUUGCAGAUCAUAUCCUUGUGGAGCAUGUACGAUGUGUGCCUAACUUAAUGGCGUGUCUGUUCGAUCGGUUACCUAAACUAUUAGAAAAAACAAAGAUCAGUGUGCUUAUCAUCGAUUCAAUCACCAGCCCAUUCGUAGAAGAGAACAAUUACAUUUUGCGGGCCGAAACGUUUCGGUCGAUAGUGCACCAUUUGCAGCACCUCCAAGAGCAGUACAAUUUUGCCACAUUUGUCACAAAUCAAGUCCGAGCAGUGAUCGAUUCGGCUACGCUCGACGAUCAACGUAUCGUUCCGGCGCUUGGUCUAAGCUGGGGCACACUGGUACACACACGUUUGCAACUUUUCCGAAAGAUGAACUCGAACGAAAGACGAUGUUGCGUAGUGUUUGGACCAUCUUUAACACCGGAGCAUGGAUACUAUGAAAUCAACGAGUCGGGCCCGAUUGAUGCUCGUUAGAAGCUGCCCUUCGGCAAACAUGUAAUUGUACUGUAAAUUCCGAUUAGUGAUGGUAAGUUUCUAGCAACAAAACUCUGCUACAUUGCACAAUUUUAUCUUAGCAAAAAUAUACUUUAUCUAUGUAAAACUAAAAGCAUUUUAUGCUGGAACGACGAUUUACGCGAUGCGGUAGUUUAUAUUGUUCAAGAAUGUAUGCAUUGACAUCGAUC